GCAGACGUGAUAACCACUACACUAUGGAACCGCCACACGCGUUAACGGCCGCGGCACUGCCCCUAUCGACGAAACGCCGGCCGUGCUUCCCUCCCUUGGAGUGCUAGGGAAGAGCCGAGGAGCCCAGAGGGGUAUAGUCCUCAUCACUGAAGGAAGAGCACAGAAAAUGUAUGUAAUGCUAACAGCUGAGAGGAACACGCUCCAUAUCAGCAGCAAUUAAAACGGAUAGGCAGCAGCAUUGGAACCAUGGGGUGCAACAGAUCUGUACCUGACAGAAGGUCAGAGAGAGUCAUUAAAGCCGCCAUCCUCAUCCAGAAGUGGUACCGCGCAACAAUGGCCCGGAUAGAGAUGAGGCGCCGCUAUUCUCUGAGUAUCUUCCGCUCAAUCGAAUAUGCUGAUGAACAAGAUCAACUACAGCUAUCCAAGUUUUUUUCAUUCAUGCUGGAUCACUAUACUAAUCUUGAUUCAGUUUCUCCCAUUUCCACCAGCCCUAGUGAUCCUCAGGUGGUGGGUGAAUGCUUACGUAUAACAGAAUUUGAAGAGAAAACUGAUGUUCCAGACUCAUAUUAUGGGCCACGACUCUCAUUCCCCCUUACUGUUGGAGAUGCCAAUGCUCUUAUUCAUGCUUUCAGGAAUAAACAGCGGCUUCAUCCCCACUAUGUACUGCAGCUGCUGUGUGAAACCAGGAGAGUUCUCAAGUUGAUGCCAAAUAUCACCCAUCUUUCAACUUCCUACUCCAAGGAUAUAACUAUCUGUGGAGAUUUGCAUGGAAACCUGGAUGAUCUUUUGCUGAUAUUCUAUAAGAAUGGUUUGCCUUCAGAACAAAACCGUUAUGUCUUUAAUGGUGAUUAUGUUGACAGAGGGAAAAAUUCUUUGGAAAUACUUAUAAUCUUAUUUGCAUUUUUUCUUAUCUACCCCAAUAAUAUAUCCUUGAAUAGAGGAAACCAUGAAGACUACCUGAUGAACCUGAGAUAUGGCUUCACAAAAGAAGUUUUGAAUAAGUACAAGGAACACAGUACACAGAUUUUGUAUCUUCUGCAAGAUGUCUUCAGCUGGCUACCCCUUGCCACUAUAAUUGAUAACAAAGUUCUCAUCCUACACGGAGGGAUUUCAGACACCACAGAUUUGAAUUUCCUGAAGGCACUUGAAAGAAAUAAGUUGAAAUCUUUGCUUCAGCCGCCCAAGUCAGUGGGAGGCAGACACGACCAGAAGGAGGGAAUUUCCACAAUUGGCCUCAGUAAACACACUGCCAAUCAGCAUGAUGCUGGGAAGACACAGCAUGACUCUUCAUUGAGCUCCACUGAGCCUUCAGGCUCCAAUUUGCCUGCAGGCCCCACCCAGGAGGAAUGGAAACAAAUCCUUGACGUUCUCUGGAGUGACCCAAGAAGCCAAAAUGGUUGUAAACCAAACAAGAGUCGAGGAGCAGGCUGUUACUUUGGUCCUGAUGUCACUGCCAAGAUCUUUCAAAGGUAUAAUCUGAAGAUUCUCAUCAGGUCUCAUGAAUUUAAGCGGGAAGGUUAUGACGUCAGUCAUGGUGGGAAGGUUAUCACUAUCUUUUCUGCCUCUAACUAUUACGAAGAGGGGAGUAACCGGGGAGCAUACAUCAAACUGGACCCUGAACUAAUUCCUCGGUUUGUACAGUUUCAAUCCAGCAAGCACACACGCAGGCUGAAUAUUCUGGAGAGGGUGGGUACAAUUGAGUCAUCUGCCUUAAAGUCCUUACAAGAGCUGAUUUAUGCUCAUAGGUCUGAACUCAUUAGUGCUUUUGCACAAUACGACCUCAAUGGCACAGGCUGCAUUUCUGUCCCUGACUGGGCUGCAGCAAUGGAGUCUGUCCUACAGCUGGAACUGCCCUGGAGGAUGCUGCGGCCUCGGUUAGCACAGAUGAGCCCAGAUGGACAAGUUGACUUCAUGUCAUGUUUCUAUGAUUUGAAAAUGGAUCAACCUAUAAAAGAGGCUCAGCCAGCUUUGGUGGAAACACUGUGCAGAUACAGAAAGGAUUUGGAGAUCAUCUUUAACAUCAUUAACAAAGAUAACUCGGGUCUGAUUUCCCUCGAGGAGUUCAGCCAGACAUGGAGACUCUUCACCUCUCACCUGGGAAUUGAUGUACAGGAUGACUCCCUUGACAAAUUAGUCCUGAGUAUAGACCACAACAAAGAUGGCCACAUUGACUUCAAUGAAUUUUUAGAGGCCUUUCACUUUGUUCACAGAGUCGAGGAAAAGGCAAACUCGUGAAAAGGCAGAACUUGUGAGCUGUCUUGGAAGCUCACCUUCCUGUCCUUAGUCAUAAAAGGGCUGCUCGAUACAGUAUGAUACGAUAUGCACUGAGGUCACCAUGUAAGCCUUUAUGUAGUCCCUCCUGGAUGAUAUGUACCUGCAAUUAAUGAGACAGAAGAGAUGAAAACCCACUACUUACAGCAUUCCUGUGUCACUGCCACACACUGCCAGUACCUUACAACUUACCCUCCCCCAUGUCCCCCAUUAAUCUAAUCCGUGAACACUGCCAAGGUCACACCUUCAAUAGUGUAGGAAGAGACUUGGGUUUAUUUCUCUCAGUGGUCCUUGGCGACAGCUGAGAGCACUGGUGACCACGAGGAACAUAUCAAACCCUCCUUGGUUAUGAAGCAGGCACAAGAGACACUGACUGUGGAGCGUCCAGUGCAGGAAAGGAAACCAAGGAAGAACCAUCUAGUUAAAAUAGGUUGUUCUGCAUUUAAAUUUGCUCUUUGGGGACAGAGUGGAACUAAAUCAUUCCAGGUCACUGUCUAUCCCAACUAUACAGACACAACUUACAGGAUCUUGGUUGAAAGGUGUUUACACUUGUGCUAAGUUUCCUCUUAUGACUGGUAACUUUUUGCCACAUUUGUUGGAAUUUGGAGCUAAGAAACAGUCAUAACUCAUCACCUUAAUGGCGACUAAAUCCAUAGCAUGUUAAUGUAACAUACAAAAGAUCACAAAAUAAAGCUUUAGCUUUCUGAGUAACGUCUAA